UUUUUAUGUCUAAAUAUGUAUUAAUAGGCGUAUAUUGGAAUUGACGGGCCUCUCGGGGAUCGGAUGUUUGACUUGAUGACGCAGAAACACAAGGAUCAAAAGCUCAGUUUGGAGGACCUCGUUAUUGCCAAAGGGACCUAUGAGAAAGGAACAAAUGAUGACAUUGAAGAGUUUGUAUACCAACUAUUAGAUAUCAAUGGUGAUGGCAUCGUUGGAAGGUCUGAUCUAGAAGCUGUUUUAACUUCAAUGCUCGGUUAUCUAUUUCAUCAAGAAUACUCCAAGUUCAGGGGAGACUCACAUGAUGAAAUUGUAGAUAUUUUUAUCAAUGCUGCAACUUUUACAAACGAUGAUACAGAAAGUCAUAUGUCUUUUGCGGAUUUCCGAAAAUGGUGUUCCCUUCUUCCAUCAGUCAGGAAGUUUCUUGGCAGUUUGAUGAUGCCAUCUGAUCCAGGUUCUCAAAUUCCUCAACUAUUGCAUCAGGACAAUAUAGACCCUAGUUUAAUAUUGUUGAGAAAGGAAUAUGCUUGGCAUAUUGGAGGAGCGUUGCCCCAACAUGAACUGGAUGAAUGGAAACUUUUGUAUCAUAGUUCUGUUCAUGGACAAAGUUUCAACACAUUCUUGGGCAACAUACAAAAUGAUGAAGGGCCUACUGUGUUGGUUAUUAAAGAUAAAGAAGGUUACGUGUAUGGAGGCUAUGCUUCUCAGCCCUGGGAAAGGCAUGCUGGUUUUUAUGGGGAUAUGAAAUCUUUUCUUUUUCAGCUAUUCCCGAAAGCAUCAAUUUUCCGGCCUACUGGAGCAAACCACAAUUUACAAUGGUGUGCUGUGAAUUUCAGUUCGGAGAGCAUUCCAAAUGGCAUUGGUUUUGGAGGUAGAGUUAAUCAUUUUGGUUUGUUCCUUUCAGCAAACUUCGAUCAAGGGCACACUUUAGUUUGCACCACCUUCGGAAGCCCCUGCCUAUCGAAAACCCACCAAAUAUACCCAGAAGUAAUUGAAUGCUGGGGGGUUGUGCCAUAUAAAGUUGAAAAGGAUAGGUCUGAGGUUAUAAAAGGUACAGUGCUGGAAAGAUUUAAGGAGGAUCGCCAUAUGCUUAACAUGGUUGGCCUUGCAAAUUCCAGCGAGUAGUGUGAAUAUAUCGACUGUAUGGUUAUCGCUGCCCUCUUUUGCCUUGUACACGACAGUUGUAUUUGUGUAACUGGAGAGUUAAACAGCAGAAAUGAAUAUCUCAGCAACUGCUACUUGGCAUUGGUGCGUCCUAGUCACUCUCCUGUUCACCUGUGCGAGACUGAGAGUACAAUUUCUAAAGAAAUCAUGACUUGUUAUUUGUAGACAUGACCAGAUAAUUAGUAACAUUAUGGAAUUGAAACCGUUUUCACGGGUUUUCUUCUACUUAUUAUUAUUGCUGUUGUAAGAGCCUCAAAGUUGAGGAAAUAAACGCAAUAAUGGCUUCCAGCUUGAAA